AUGAGUGGGCGGCCCCCCCUGACCACAAAGACCUUCCCCUCAGCCGUCAGUCCUGCUGCCAGCUCAUUCCUCUCUGCGGCAAUGCAACCUGUUCACCGUGAGACGCAGCCAUCAACGCACCACCACCUGCCACAUACGGGAAAGACAGAGGUCAGACUUGUGUCCAAAUGCGCGGCGGCCGAGAUGGAUGCCCAGCAGAGGGUGUUCAUAAUGAGGGAGGAGAGUGGAGCAUCUGCCUCUCCUGCCUCUCCAGCCUCUCCAGCCGGACACAGCCUCUCUCUGGGACAGUUACACCUGCGUCGAGGCAUCACUCACACAAAUGAAACGUGUCCGUGGCCGAUCUACGGAGGGUGA